AUGCUACUUGUUGCAGUUCAACAUAUUGUGUCUAGGUUCCAAGCCCUAGCCUACAUUUUUUAGGGAAGUUUGAUUUCGUCGCGGCGGAGGGCCGUUCCCCGUGGUGCUAUUGCCCUGCCCUGCUGAUUUCGAGUUGUAAAGGAGAGCAGUGAAGAGGAGCAAAUAUUUCUUUAGAGAACGGAGCUAAGAAGAGUAGACAGCGGCAGGGAUUGGAUUUUUUUAUCAUCAUUGUUUUGGAAAGAAGUUACCGCGGUAGGGAUUGGAUUGAGCCGCAAACAUGUCGGGAAUGGGGGACGGUUAUGUGGGCACCGCCCAGGACGCUGUGCGGAUAAGGAGGCUGGAAAAGCAGCGGGAGGCAGAAAGGAGGAAGAUUCAGGAACUCAAGAACAAAUCCGCCUCCACUGGCGGCCAGACCGGUCUCCUACAGUUCGGCUCCGGUACCUCCGAGAUUCUUGAGACUGCUUUUAAGAAGGAAACAGUUGGUCUGGUCACCAGGGAACAGUAUGUUGAAAAGCGUGUUAACAUCCGGAACAAGAUUGAGGAAGAGGAGAAAGAGAAACUUCAGAAACUGCAACAAGAGGAAGAAGAACUUCAAAUGCAAAAAAGGAAGAAGAGGAGAGUAAAAGGUGAUGCGCGUCUGUCAUUCAAUGAUGAUAUUGAUAACGGAAGCGAUGAGGAGGAUUUAGAAAAUAAACAUUCAGAUCAGAAGAAGUUUGGUAAUGGAAAGCUUGGAAAAGACCCGACUGUCGAGACAAGCUUUUUACCAGAUAGUGAGAGAGAGGCUGAGGAACAAGCAGAAAGGGAGCGAUUGUGCAAGCAAUGGCUACGUGAACAGGAGAUAAUUCGAAAUGAGCCCCUUGAAAUCACUUACAGCUAUUGGGAUGGUGCAGGGCACAGGAGAGUUAUACAGGUUAGGAAAGGUGAUACCAUCGGAGAAUUUCUUAGAGCUGUUCAGCAGCAGCUUGCCCCCGAGUUUAGGGAGAUAAGAACAACAUCAGUGGAGAACUUGGUAUAUGUGAAAGAAGAUCUAAUCAUUCCUCAUCAAUACAGUUUCUACGAGUUAAUCAUCAACAAAGCUAGAGGGAAAAGUGGACCGCUUUUUCACUUUGAUGUUCAUGAGGAUGUGCGAACUGUUGCUGAUGCCACUAUAGAGAAAGAUGAGUCGCAUGCUGGAAAGGUUGUAGAACGACACUGGUAUGAGAAGAACAAGCAUAUAUUUCCUGCUUCAAGAUGGGAGAUAUAUGAUCCAACUAAAAAAUGGGAAAGGUACACUAUUCAUGGAGAUUGAACGCUCUAUUGGUUAUCUUUGGGCCUAUGGACUAACAAAAUGGUCGACUCGACUCACGAGGAAGGUGAUCUUAUUAUAGCAUGUAAAACCAAAUUUAUGUUAUUUUUGCACUUUUUUGUUAACUUAAUAGGUUUUAUUGAACUCACUUUUAGGUGGUUUUGAAAACGAGAUCUAUGUUCGUAUUGAUUUUGUAAAUUGACAUUAUACAAACAAAAUAGAAUUGGAUUACUUGAAACAUGAUUGAGAUUCUUAUCUAGAUGGGUGAUUUACUUUUCA